UGGGCUCCCGUUGCCGCCUUAGGAACUCGUCAGGAAAUACGAUCUGAAGGAAAAACGUCACUUCCCCACAACUUUUGUGUUUAGAAUUUUGAAUUAUAUCGUCCCUAAUUUUAUAUCUACCUUAUUCGCACCCUCGGUGAGCAUCGAUUCACUCAGUACGGGCUUUUUAACAACUUGACGACGACAAGACUGAUCUGCAUUGACAUGCUCACGCCACACCACAGGUGUCUCUACCUGUCAAAACGACACCAGUAAACACAAUUGUAGAAGAAUAAAUCCCGGAAAUGUAACAGCUGAAACUUUGCAUCACAGCUUCUACUCUUGCAUUCGUUGUUUUGUUUUGUUUGGGCCGUCGUGUGAACCGCUUUCCUGCAUUCUGAGGCAACACAGGCACAGAUUACCUGUGAGUCUUCAUACUUUUGCAAAUCCAGAAUGGAAAAGUUGAUCAAUUGUUUCAAGAAAAGGCCAGAUGCUGUUGCCAGGUUGAUCUGCUUCCCCUGGGCAGGUGGAGGGUCCAUACAUUAUGCACGCUGGGGGAACGUUCUUAACAGCUCUAUAGAAGUUUUUGCUGUCAAACUUCCUGGACGGGAGAGUCGGGCCAAAGAGACUUUCUUUGAGAACAUGCAGCAGAUUGUGGAUGAGGUUCUUCAUUUGUUAUUGCCAGUGUUCAAAGAGAAGCCAUUUUCGCUCUUUGGUCACAGUUUUGGUGCUUAUACAAGCUAUGCUGUUGCAGAUGCUCUGAAGCAACUUCACAACAUUGAGCCAGUUCACAUUUUCCUGUCUGGUGCAUCUGCACCUUAUUCUGAGACUCGCAUCCAAGUCCCAAAGAGAAGUGACUUAUCAGAUGACGACUUUCUCAAGUGGCUGAUUUCGAUUGGAGGAACUCCGCCUGAGCUUCUGGCCAACCCAGAAGUUCUGCAACUGUUCCUUCCUGCGCUGAAGGCUGACCUCCGUGUUGUCGAAAACUAUAAGUGUGACAAGCCACCAAGUCCAUUCCUCUCUUGCCCAGUCUCAUGCUUGGAUGGGAAGGAGGAUAUUCCUCACGAUUUACAAGCAUGGAAAGACAUCACAACAGGAGAAUUCAACAUCAGGAUGCUUGAUGGGUCUCAUUUCUACCUCAAGGAUCCUGGAAAUGAAAGAAUAAUAUUAGACUAUGUGACAAAACAUCUCGAAACAUCCGGAAUGGACUACUUGUGAAGAAAUAUGUCUCGCUGGUCUGUAUAUGUAAUACACAACAACUGUUGUCCAAAUAUUGAUACAACUGUUCAUGAAAGAACACACUGCCCAAUGAUCAGAAAAAUAACUUGGAAUUUUUGAACAAAAGAUAUUUGGUGAUUUGUGCCGCUUAGUAAUGCACCAUAAGUUGUAGUUUCAAAAUAAUCACAUCCACCAAAACGAGUUGUUUGUUUGUUAUCCAACAAAAUUGUGGGGAGUGGCCAGAAAAGGUACAGGAAAGUAUUCGCCGCAGUGACUGGUGAGCAAAAAAUUAAAAACAAAUAAAGUUCAUGUCAAGCCCGACUGAUUUCGGUCAAGCAGAAGCCGGUGAUGAUGCUGGUGGCAGUGGCGGCGUUAAUAUUGGCAAGAGCUCUUCAUCGCUACUGUCUGGCGGUACUAGUCCGGGCUCGGCGAUUGGGGACCACUGCUUGAGACGGAAAAUGCUCUUUAGGUUUUAAAGUUCGUUUGCUGACGUUUUGGUGUCCUGACGUCACAUACCGAGAGCCGCCAGGUCCUUUGCAUUGUCCUCAUGCCGGAAGUCUGAAAAUUUAUGUUGGAAUUGGGGUUCAAACUCACGUUUCAGCCAAUGAGCCAGGGCUAGUUUAACGUUGUUUAUUUCAUAGUCAAAUGCAGUUUAGUAUGGUUAUAGAAUCGCCCGAGAUAAGUAAUUUCAGAAUUGUAAAAGCGGUUGUUGGUUCUUAAUUUUGACCCGCAGAGACGUUUACUAGUAAUUGGUGCCCUCUGUCUCCCCUUAGUGGUGAAAACUUGGAACUGGUAAUAGUAAUAAUAUUUUUAAUUUUCAAAACAUGAAACACUAGUCAAGCUAACAAAGACAAUGAAGUUCUUACAGAGAGCACAAACCCCACCACGUGCGACGCGUUGUAAGGAGGACUUGCCUUUUCCCGCGGGCCGUAAGUUGGAGCACCAAACCGAGUUGACGUCUCCCUUUCGACAACACUGCACCACUCCAAAUACUGUGGCUAAUGUCAGGUCGCAAGCUACAAUAACCGAGGGGAGCCAAGCUGGGGCGGACGUGGGGUGACUUUCAUUUAUUGGUUUUAUUUUAUUAUUAAGACGCAACGGCGUGAGAAACGGUAUCGACGCCCCAACGGACAUUUGAACACAAACUGUACAUGAACGCAUGUCGACAGAGAAAAACUCACAGGUGUAUUCUUUGUCCUCUGCAGAAAACAAAUCUAUUGCUGCAGCUUAUUGAGUGAUUUACAGUUGUGAAGAAAAAAAUAUGUUAAUGUCAAGCCAUGCUGAUCUCAGUCAGGUAGAAGGUGGUUAGGAUGUUGGUGGUGGUGGCGGCGGCGGCGGUGAUGUCGGUGGGAGCUCAUCAUCGCUACUGUUGUCUGCAUCUGGUGCACCAGCCUGCAUGUCUGUGAAGGGCGAGAGGCGGCGCACGCUGCCGGGUGUACACGGCAAUCUUUCCCGAGCUCGCUCCGACGGGGCCGCUGUGUUGCCAUCGGCCUCCGUCGGCGACAACCAGGGUGGGGUUAGUGUUGAUGCUGCAGACUCCAUUUCCAACAUGAAGACCGGCUUCUCAUUUUCAGCUAAAUGUAAAAAAAAAUGAUUGGAGAUGGCAAAAACACUGUAUUGUAGUAGUAGUACUAAUUGUGAUUUAAAACGACCGAUCAGAUGGAUGUAUUUCACCUUCCGCUUUCCGGAGGACCUUCAUGGGGAGUGAAUCAUCUGAUGCCUCGUAGCUGGAGGUGCUGUCCUCCUCGACGAUAUCGGGCUCUAGAAAAUCAGUGUGUUAUGAGUGUCCCUAAUGAAGUGUAUUCAUCACUUGAGUUGCCUUAUCUUCUUACCUUCGUUACCGUAACGGUAAAGUUUCCCACUUGACAUCUGCAAGAGCAAGAGUUCAGUGAUUAAAUACAUUUUUUUUUUGCCCUCCUGA